AUGCAAAUGGCUCCUCUAAUGAACUCAAACACUUCAUCAACUCUUGUUCUUUACCCUUCAUCACAAAUAGAGGAACCCAAAAAAGAAAAUAUGAUUUCUUUAUUUGACUCAAAUAUGCUACAAAAACAAGUGAACAUGCCAAAAGAGUUCAUUUGGCCAUCUACAGAUUUAGACACAACCCAAGAAGAACUAAAAGAACCUCUCAUAGACCUAAGUAUCAUGAAAGGUGGUGAUGAAAAAGCUAUUGCAAGUGCUGCAGAGCUUGUUAGAAAAGCAUGCAUGGAUCAUGGUUUUUUCCAAGUGAUAAAUCAUGGUGUGGAACAAGAUCUUAUCAAUGAUGCUUAUUGUGAAACUGAUUCCAUUUUCAAGCAACCUAUUAGCAGGAAGUUGAGUGCUAAGAGGGUAGCUGGUGGAAUCUCUGGAUACUCAGGUGCUCAUGCAGAUAGAUACUCUUCUAAGUUACCAUGGAAAGAGACAUUCUCUUUUGUAUACAAUCAUCAAAACAGCUUAAACUCUCAAAUUGUUAACUACUUCAAAUCUGUCUUAGGAGAAGACUUUCAAAACACAGGAUUGGUGUAUGAAAAGUACUGUGCAGCAAUGAGUGAAUUAUCUUUAGUAGUUAUGGAGCUAUUGGCCAUUAGUUUGGGGAUAGAUCGUUUGCAUUAUCGAAGAUUUUUUCAAGAUGGUGACUCAAUAAUGAGGUGUAACUAUUAUCCACCUUGCAAAAGUUCAGGUCUCACCUUUGGUACAGGUCCUCACUCUGACCCUACUUCAUUGACUAUUCUUCAUCAAGAUCAAGUUGGAGGUUUACAAGUUUUUGCAAAUAAAAAAUGGCUUUCUGUUCGCCCUAGAUCUGAAGCCUUAGUCAUAAACAUAGGUGAUACUUUCAUGGCGUUAUCAAAUGGGAGAUACAAGAGUUGUCUGCAUAGAGCAUUGGUGAACAAAUAUAUAGUAAGAAAAUCAUUGGUUUUCUUUGUGUGUCCAAGAAAAGACAAGGUUGUGAAACCAUUAGAAAGUUUGUUAAGCAAAAAUGAAGCAAGAAAGUACCCUGAUUUCACAUGGGCUAGUUUGUUUGAAUUCACACAGAAACACUACAGAGCUGAUGUUGCUACCCUCCAAAGCUUCUUUCAGUGGCAUUCCUCUUCCAACUUAUUAUGA